UAUUUGGAAUAAUUCUGCUUUUUUCAGUUGAGGAUUGUCUGAGCUCGAGAUACCAUCAACUUUACUAUGCGUAUCGUUACAAGGAAGAAAGUUCUGAUAGCUGGAUUGCUGGAGCUGUAGUCGGGGGGAUAUUUGGCUUCAUUGUAUUAAUUACCAUAACCUACAUAUGCUGCCAAGCUAAUGGUUGCUGCAAAACGGUCAAACCGCAACAUCGCCAAAGAGCCAUAGUACCUGUCGCUCAUGCAUACGCCACUACCAUUAAUGUUCAGUCUCGACCCGGAAGUGAAAUCUCCAGAAAUCAGAUUCGUCUUCACACAGAGGAUCUUGUUAUAAACAAUAGUGCCGAAUUCUUCCGAAAUAAUGCACCACUGGAUUCUUCGACUAAUAGACACCAUCGACCUAUAAACGAACCACCCCCUACACUUCCGGGUUAUCGACCGCAGAUAACUGUCGUCCGAGAACUUUCCGAGGACCGCAUUUUAUCACCGCCUCCACCAUAUACAGAAAUGGACAUAUCAAACGCACAGAGGACUUCAAGCUCCUAAAAUCUGUGUCCAAUGCAUGUGUUAUAUCGGUGUAUUUUCUGCAUGGUGCUCGA